ACUCACUCAUUAUAAAAGAAGGACACUGUCCCUCUCUCUCUACCUCACUUCUACUCUCUUUUAAUUUUACUUUAUUGAAGCUAAAGGAUCUUUAGUAUCAUGAUUGCUACUAAGCUGAUGUACAGUUUAAUGAUAAUAAUUGUUAUUAUUAAUACUGUCAAUGGAAACUGUCCUGAUGAUGAGAAGGAGACAACUUCUCCAGUUGUUACCAUCACUAACACUAGUGUUAAUGCUACACCAGAAUGUGUAAUGCCAACUGAUUGUAAAGCAUGGAAAGAACUGGGAAUUAAACAAAAUGGAGUAUAUCCUAUAAAACCAGAUAAUGGACCAGCUUUCCAAGUAUACUGUGAUAUGGAGACUGAUGGUGGUGGAUGGACUGUAUUUCAGAGGAGACAAGAUGGAUCUGUUGAUUUCUAUAGGAACUGGACUGACUAUGAGAAUGGAUUUGGUGACCUUACUGGUGAGUUUUGGUUAGGAUUGAGCAAGAUUCGCCAUCUUACUAAAGAAGGAUCAAACACACUAAGAGUGGACCUGGGAGAUUUUGAGGGGAACACAGCUUAUGCUAACUACUCUACAUUCAGUGUUAGUAAUGGUAGUACUGAAUAUAUACUAACAGUAGGAGGAUACUCUGGUACUGCUGGGGAUAGUCUGAGUAGCUAUCAUAAUGGAAGGAGAUUCAGUACAAAAGAUAAUGAUAAUGAUUUCAGGUCACGUAACUGUGCUCAGGUCUACACUGGUGCCUGGUGGUAUAAUGACUGUGCUUACGCAAAUCUUAAUGGUCAUUAUUUCAAUACUGCAGCUAGGAAUCAUCAAGGAAUUAUUUGGCGGCAUUGGAAAGGAUAUGAUGUAAGCCUCAAGUUCUCAGAGAUGAAAACUCGUCGUAACAAAAGGAUCUUUAGUAUCAUGAUUGCUACUAAACUGAUGUACAGUUUAAUGAUAAUAAUUGUUAUUAUUAAUACUGUCAAUGGAAACUGUCCUGAGAAUGAGAAGGAGAAACCUUUUCCAUUUGUUACUAACACUAGUGUUAAUGCUACAUUAGAAUGUGUAAUGCCAACUGAUUGUAAAGCAUGGAAAGAACUGGGAAAGAAUCAAAGUGGAGUAUAUCCUAUAACACCAGAUAAUGGACCAGCUUUCCAAGUAUACUGUGAUAUGGAGACUGAUGGUGGUGGAUGGACUGUAUUUCAGAGGAGACAAGAUGGAUCUGUUGAUUUCUAUAGGAACUGGACUGACUAUGAGAAUGGAUUUGGUGACCUUACUGGUGAGUUUUGGUUAGGAUUGAGCAAGAUUCAUCGUCUUACUAAAGAAGGAUCAAACACACUAAGAGUGGACCUGGAAGACUUUGAGGGGAACACAGCUUAUGCUAACUACUCUACAUUCAGUGUUGGUGAUGGUAGUACUGAAUAUAUACUAACAGUAGGAGGAUACUCUGGUACUGCUGGGGAUAGUCUGACCUGGCAUAAUGGAAGGAGAUUCACUACAAGAGAUAAUGAUAAUGAUGCAUGGGACAAUAACUGUGCCGAGUUUCGCAAUGGUGCCUGGUGGUAUAAUCAAUGCGCUUUUUCAAAUCUUAAUGGUAUUUAUUUUAAAACUGCAACUGAUAAUUAUAAAGGAAUUAACUGGCGUUUUUGGAAAAAUUCACACUAUACUCUCAAGUUCACAGAGAUGAAAACUCGUCGUAACAAUUAAAUACUGUCCCCCACACAUAUAAGUGUGUUUACAUUGUGCUGAUAUAUUAUUAUGUCAUUUCAAUAAGCUGCCAUACCUUGUAGUGAUUUUUGUUGACUUUUAUUAAU